AUGAUAAAUAGAAAUCGACACAGUCCAUAUUUUAAGCAGAACAUUUAUGAAGCAGAGCUAGCCGAGAACGCAGACGCUGGGACAAGGGUGAUCCGGCUAGCUGCUAUCGAUCCAGACGAGGGUCAGUAUGGAGCCGUAGACUAUACCAUCAUCAAUAAACUGGCAGAUGACAAAUUUACAAUCAAUCAAGACGGGCAAAUCGUCACAACACAGCCGUUGGACAGAGAAAACCCAUCCCAAAGAGUUAUUGCGAUCAAAGUCAUGGCCAAAGACGGCGGUGGUAGAGUCGCCUUUUGCACUGUGAGGAUCAUUCUAAUAGACGAAAACGACAAUGUCCCUCAAUUCAAAGCUGCAGAAUAUCAAGUUGCGAUUCAGUCCACGGUCAACAAGGGGGCGCCAGUGAUUCAGAUCAUUGCUUAUGAUGCGGACGAUGGUAAAAACGCUGACGUAACAUACACGGUUGAUGAAGCGGGAGAAGUUACCGAGGACAUCAUAGAAAUCAAUCCGUUCACAGGGCUGGUUAGCGUCAAGGAAAGUCUUGUGGGAAUGGAGAACAAAAUAUUCAAUUUCAAAAAGACCAUUGAUCACGAGAAGACGAAAUGGUAUCAGAUAGACGUCGUGGCUCAAGGGAACCACAACGGGACCGACGUGGCGUCUUUGGUCUCCGUCAGUAUCCAAGUCCAAGAUGUGAACGACAAUCAGCCGGUGUUUGAUGCAAGUCCAUACAGAGCUUAUCUGGCGGAGAACAUGCCGGCCGGGACCACCGUCAUACAGGUAACGGCGAACGACCCGGACACCGACUCCAACGGCUUAGUGACUUACAGCCUUCAGUCUCUCUCUGACGACCCUGAAGACAUCAACAGCGUCUUCAGCAUCGACCCGGACAGCGGCUGGAUCACCACCAUGCGGGAGGCGGACUGCGAAUCCAUCAGACUUUACCGCUUCCACGUCAUCGCCACGGACCACGGCGGCGAGGUGAAGCUCUCGUCCAGCGUGUUGGUGGAAGUCACGUUGACGGACGAGAACGACAAUCCGCCCAAGUUCACGGAAGACGUCUAUCAGGGCUCCAUCGUGGAAAACAGCGAACCAGGCGAGGUGAUUCUGACCAUGACCACCACGGACAGGGACAUCUCCAUGGAGAACCGCCUGGUCACCUGCUACAUCACAGAUGGCGACCCCUGGGGGCAGUUUGCGGUGGUGCAGGUGGACGAGGGCGUGUGGGGGCUCAUCUCCAAAGAGCCUCUGGACCGAGAGAUCAGCCCCCGCUUCAGUCUGAGGAUCACAGCCACAGACGGACGCUUCCAGAGCCCGGUGUCUGUGGAUCUGCAUGUGCUGGACGUCAACGACAACUCCCCCCACUGUCAACAGCUUCUGUACACGGAGUCGGUGAUGGAGAACUCGCCCAUAAACCAGUUCAUCCUGAAGGUGUUUGCCUGGGACCCGGACCUGGGCUCCAACGGGCAGCUCUCCUACAGCCUCCACGGCCCCGACGCUCACAACUUCCACCUGGACCCCAAAAAAGGGGAGCUGUUCACGCUGUCGGUGCUGGACCGCGAGGCUGAGGCCGAGUUCCACGUGGCGGCCAAAGUGACGGACGGCGGCGGACGCUCGUGUCAGGCCGACAUCGUGCUGCGAGUCCAGGACAUGAACGACAACGCUCCAGAGUUUAGCUCCGCCCUCUUUCAGGUCUCUGUGUUCGACAACACCACCGUGAGGACGCCAGUGGCCGCGCUGUACGCCAAGGACCCUGACACCGGUGAGGGGCCGGGGUUAGAGAGCCACCAGGGGUUAGAGAGAGCUACCAGGGGAUAG